AUGGUUUGGUUCAACCGAGGUGUUCGAGUGGUGUUGCUGUGCGCGUUGGUGGCGGCGCUAGUGUCCGCUCAGCUCACAUUCAGUCGCGACUGGAGCGCCGGCAAACGUUCGCCGCAUCCCACCGAGUCUCGCUUCGACUGCAACCAGUUCGCACAUAUUUGCCGGCAGUUUAUUCACGACUUAAAACAGUCCCUUGGCAGGAAGAAGUUUGGUAAGCAUCGUAAGACAGAACGAGAUGACCUCUCCUGGGACUAUGAAGACGAUGACAAGUGAAAAUUUAUAUGAAAUUAUAUGUAAAAU